AUGCAGCCGCAGCGCCUUCGCGGGUCCGGGCUGUUUUUCAAGCUAUGGGCUCUGCUCGAGGUGCAGAGCACUCCACUGGUCCCGGUACCGGCGCAGUUGACUGAUGCAGCCUCCGCCAAGUCCAACCAGCUGUGGAAGCCGGCCACCGGCACUUGGUAUGGCGACCCUGAGGGCGAUGGCAGCGACGGUGGGGCUUGCGGGUACGGGUCGCUGGUGGAUGUUAAGCCGCUGAAGGCUCGGGUAGGGGUGGUGAGCCCGGUGCUAUUCAUGAACGGGGAUGGCUGCGGCGCCUACUACAAGGUCCGGUGCCUCGACAGGAGCAUCUGCUCCCGGCGGGCCGUCAACAUCAUCGUCACCGAUGAGUGCCCGAGGGGAUACUGCUCUAGGGUGCGGGUCCACUUCGACCUAAGCGGGGCCGCAUUCGGCCGCAUGGCUGUCUCUGGCGAGGGCGGCCAGCUCGGGAACUGA